AUGUCAAGGUUGAAACAAGAGAGAGAGCAGAGGAAGAAAUUGAUAGAGGAUGGCAAUGUUGAAACUAUUUAUAUUGACAGAUCUUUAAUAGAAACACCAAGCAUUGGGAAAGAAGAAUAUUCAGAGACCUAAUCGUAAAUUGCAGAUGAGAGCAAAAAUAGUCAGUAUAGUAGACAAACACCAGAGAUACUGAAAGUCUAGUAGGAGAAAUUAUAGGAGAUGAAGUAGAACUUAAUGAAAAAUAAAGAGAGCAAAAAACAGACAUAUUUUGAUAAAUUAGCAGAACCAAAAUCAAUUGUGUAGGAAGAGAGAGAGUUUUUAAAAUAGGAAUAGGAGAAAAAAAUGUUGGCUGAGUUGCCAUUCAGACCUGAAUUAAGUGAUUAAACUAAUUUGCUUGCAUAAAUUAAAUAUUGUAAAUAUGAAGGAAUACCUAUUUAUGAAAGACUUAAAAUUUUAGAGCAAGAAAGAUUAGCUCACAUUGAUGAAUUAAAAUUGAUGAUUAAUUAACAGGAAGAGGAACAACCUUUAAAUAAGGUUCCUAGACCUUAUGGAGAAAAACCUCCUUUGCAUGAAAGAUAUUAAUAAGUAAUGCAGGAUAAAUAGGCAUUGCUUGAAUAUUUAAAAGCAAAGCAACUAAGAGAGGAAGAGGACUUAUUCAAGCCUAGGAUUAAUUUAUAAUCAUAACUUUUGGCUGAAAAAAAUAGGGUAGAUGGAAUGAAUGUCGUUGAUAGGUUAGUACAGGAUGGUAUAAGAAAACAAAAUAUUGUUUAUUCGGAUGAUCUCCCUUAUGAUUUUCAGCCUCAAACUAAUCAAUAAAUUAAUGAGCAAAUAGUUAAAGGAGAUUUUAGUUAGAGACAAGAAGAGUUCAACAGGAAAUAACUCGAAAAGAAUAUGGAUUUAGAAAGCAAGGCAUACAAAGAUUAUACUUUCAGACCCAAAUUAAAUAAGCAAAGUGAACAGAUUGCAAAUCGCAAGAUCUCUCAAGAUUCCUUAUUUGAUAGACUCUAUAGUGAAUAUUAGACAAGACAAUCAAAUAUUGAAGAAAAGAAGUAAGAAGAUAUAAGCAAACUAAAUUUUAACCCAGAAUUAAAUCCUAAGUCAAUGGAAAUGGCUGUGGAUAGAACUCUUUAGGAUUUGAUUAAGAAUGAGUAUGGAGAGUAUAGAAAAUAGUUAUUAAAAGAAAAAUAUGACGACUCUGAUAAAGAAUGCUCAUUCUAUCCAAGUGUGUCUACAUCGAUGAAAUAUUCAUAAAUGCAUUCGUAAUACAGUUUCGAUGAUUGUCAUGAAAAGAUCAAGUAAUAUUAAACUAACAGAGAAUAAAGAAGAUCUCAAUUAAAGAAGGAGUAAGAAGAUGAACAAUUGAAGUAGUGUACAUUUAAACCUUAAAUUAAUAAAAAAACCAUAGACAACAACAAGCAAAUUGAAGUUCGAUAUGACGAAUAAGAAGAAAGAUCAAUAACAUUUAGUUGA